AUGGAUGCGAUCUAUCAUACAUCCAUCGUGCUCAACGGCGUCGAAUAUUAUUUCGGCCAGGGUAUUCAGACCGCUGCGCCAGGAAGUACCCAUCAUGGACAGCCCAUAGAGGUCGUGAAAUUGGGCACUACGGAGCUUCCAACUGAAGUUAUUGAGGAAUAUCUCGGCUCAUUGGCGACCAUAUAUACACCCGAGUCAUACGAUCUCUUCCUGCACAACUGCAAUAACUUCACUCAAGACCUCUCAAUGCUCCUUGUGGGCAAGAGUAUCCCAGAGCGUAUCAUCAAUCUUCCGCGCACUUUCCUUGAAACGCCAUUUGGGCAGAUGAUGAAGCCUCAGAUCGAGAUGGCUCUCAAGGGCGUCACGCAAGGCACCGGUACAGGUAUUGCUCCUGGGCCAAGUGCUCAGCCACCCACAGCCAGGGUUGUUCCUCCUGCACCUCAGCCAGUAGCACGCCCAGGAACAGGCACAGUCCGUAUUGUGGGCAAUGUCAGUCAGCUUCAAAGCGAACUAUCUAGUGCUUCCCAUUCAUGCGCGGUUAUCUUCUUCACGUCUUCAACAAGUCCGACCUGCAAGCUUGUCUAUCCAACUUAUGACCAACUUGCAGCAGAAGCAGGCGAGCGGGGAACUCUCAUCAAGGUUGAUGUCGGCGUAGCUCGCGAUGUGGCCAUGGAAUAUAGCGUCCGCUCAACGCCAACCUUUAUGACAUUCUUGAAAGGGCAGAAGCUAGACCAAUGGAGCAGUGAAGCCCCUGCAAAACUUGUGGAAAAUGUUCGUACAUUGUUGGAGAUGGCAUAUCCAGCCCAUCCCCAUCGCCAGCUACGGCUCCCCAGUCUCCAGCGAGAGAUCACCAACCUCGUCAUGUACAAAAAGGUUCCACCGUUGGAAAAGCUCCUCCAAAAACUGCCAGACGCUUUCAAAGAAGGCCGCGGUGUUACAGAGGUUAUUGAAUUUGUUAAGUUGCGUCAUUCAAUGACCGGACCUGUUGCGAAUAUCAGGGUUCCAGAUUUGCAUACCUUCGCCAUGACAUUAAAUUCUGCAUAUUCGACACUUCCUAGCGGAAGCCAUUUUGCUGUGGUUGAUUUAGUUCGACUUCUUCUACUUGAUCCGCGUGCAAGUGGCUACUUCGCCGAGGAAGCCCAACAUGAAACCCUGCUUACUCUUCUUGCACCACUCUCUCAAGAAGAUCUAUCGGCGUGCCCUUACAAUCUCCGCAUCGUGGCUCUCCAACUAGUCUGCAACCUCUUCAGCACACCUCUCUACCCAGAGCAGCUCACCUCCUCGUCUUCACCGCUACGUGAGACUUGCCUGAGUCUCGCAACCAACUCCCUCCUAGACUCUCACACCAGCCUCCGCGUCGUCGCUGCCUCCUUUGCAUACAAUCUUGCUGCAUUCAAUCACAAUGCUCGCUUUGAUCAGAGACCCGAUCCCUUGUCCGAGGAAGAUCAGGUCGAACUGACUGCAUCAUUACUUGAGGCCGUGUCGCGCGAGGACGAGAGUGUGGAAGCUUUGCAUGGGUUAUUGUUUGCCCUCGGACUUAUUGUCUAUGAAGCUCCGAUGGAUGGGUCUCUGGUAGAUCUUUGUCGCGCGAUGGGUGUGGCAGAGACAAUUUCCGAAAAGAUGAAGGUCAAAGCUGUACAGAAGGAACCGCUGCUCAAGGAGAUAGGAGGAGAGCUCUUCAGUAAGGGGUUGUAG